CAACAGUGCAAAUUCGACGCGAAAACUACUGUAAUUUUAGAUAAUUUUCUAUUCGUAGCGUAUUGUCUACAACGCAGAUUUGAUUAGUGUAGUGUAGUGUACUGUGAAAAGUUUCUCAUAGCUUGAAAAUCAGUGCAAAAAUAGCGUGGUUCAAGCACCCCCUUCCCACCCUUUUGCGCCCGUAAAAAAUGGCUUCUCAAGCGGUAAACAAAACCGGCUCAGGCUGGCCUCGACGUAACAGUCAUGGAACGGGAUUGACGGAAAUGAACAAACUACAGACAAAUCAAUCGAUGACGCUCAACAGGACAAUAAAUCUAUAUCCUUUGACUAACUACACGUUCGGAACGAAGGAACCUUUGUUCGAGAAAGACCCGUCAGUGCCGGCACGGUUCCAGCGAAUGCGCGAUGAAUUCGACAAAAUAGGAAUGCGACGUUCGGUGGAAGGUGUUCUGCUGGUACACGAACACGGCCUUCCCCACGUAUUACUCCUGCAGCUGGGUACGACAUUUUUCAAACUUCCCGGCGGUGAGCUGAGUGCGGGUGAAGACGAGGUGGAGGGUCUGAAGCGGCUGUUGACGGAGACUCUAGGGCGACAGGACGGUGUGAAACAGGACUGGAUCGUCGAGGACACGAUUGGCAACUGGUGGCGACCAAACUUCGAACCCCCGCAGUACCCGUACAUCCCGCCACACAUCACCAAGCCGAAGGAGCACAAGCGUCUGUUUUUGGUACAGCUGCACGAGAAGGCACUAUUUGCCGUACCUAAGAACUACAAGUUAGUAGCGGCACCUUUGUUCGAACUGUACGACAACUCCCAGGGCUACGGGCCGAUCAUAUCAUCGCUACCGCAAGCGCUCUGCAGGUUUAACUUCAUCUACAUGUAAGCUGGUGCAAUCAUCUGUAUGUACUGGGCCCAGAUCGCGGCGCUGCCAGCCAUGGCGGAGGCUUUACGCGCGCUGCUCCGCUUUAUUCCCCUGAGGACACUGGCAUAAGUCGGAGUCUUCCACGCUGCUGUAAGCCGUUGCCGUCACAAUGGACAGAAGAAAAGUGAAAAUUGCGUCCCUGUUGGCGUGUGUAUAGUGCACGACAAAAAGACGACUUCGACCUCGAAGGGGGUUAAUUUAGUGGACAUUAUUUUAUAGUGCAUGUACAAGAAAAAUCUUUUUUUUCGUCAC